AUGUGCAACAGAUGUCGACAUCCUACUCCAAAGGUAAAUAGGGAGGGAAGAUGUUCUCCUCCACCUCAGGGAGUCCUAAAAAUUAACACAGAUGACUCUUCUCGUGGAAACCUUGGUCAUGCUGGAAUUGGAGGUGUGGGUCGGGAUAGUUUUGGAGAUUUUCAGUUUAUCUUUUCUGUUUAUAUGGGUCUUCAUACUAAUAAUUUAAUGGAGGCUCAGGCUAUUUUGUUAGCUCUGGAGCGCACAAGUAAAUUGGGGUGGCGCAUGAUCAUAUGUGAGUCUGAUUCCCAAGUUGUGGUCAACUUGUUGAAUAGGCGACAUUUAGAUGGUGUUAGUUAG